UCCGCUCGUCGCCGGCGCCGUGGCAGGUGAAGCAGAAGUGACGGCGGAUAUUUCUGGCUCGUAGCCGUUUCUUGACCCAAAGCCCAAGUGGCAGCCAGAGCUGGGGGUCUGUGCCUCUCGCUGGGGUUUUAUCCUCCGCUGAGGAGCCUGGAGGGGCUCCAUUGGCAACCAGGGAGGUGGUGGAGUCACCAUCACUGGAUGUCAAUAACUGUGUGGAUGUGGCACUGAGGGACACGGUUAGUGGGCAUGGUGGGGUGGGCUGACAGUAGGACUAGAUGAUCUCAGAGGUCUUUUCCAACCUUAAAGAUUCAGUGGUGUUAUAACCUGCUCAGUUCCCCUAGAGGGCAUAGUUCCAGGCUGCACAGCCACUCGUGUACUGCUGGGCUGCUCGAGCAGAUCCAUGUGCAGGGAUUCCUGCCUGGAGCUGCUGCUGCGGGCACGGAGCAGGACAGUCUGUGUGUAGAUACGGCUGGGAGAUGCCGAGUGGCGUGUAGCAGCUGGACUCACAGCGAGAGCUGAGCUGCAGCUGCAGCGUUUCCAUGCGGCUGAGCUGCACGUGGCACGUCAGUGCUCGCUUGCUGAGAAGCCACUGAUGUGACAGCACCUGGGAGACGGUCACACGCAGAGCUGUUGCCACGGCACCUGAGGCAUGGCCGACACUGGCUGCGUGGGGCUGCAGCGGGAGAGGGAUGGGAAGGAAGCCAUGCAACACCCUGCAGACCCCGCUGCAGAGCGCAGCAGGGCUGGGAAAACAAUAAUAACAACAAAAACGAAGAGAAGGCAAGCACAUGUGUUGUUCCCAUCUCCAUCCGAGCUACUGCCAGGCUGGGAAUGGAUUCAUGCACUCUCAGAACCGCUUCUGCCAGUAUCCCAGCACCGCCUGCAGCGGGGCUGCACCCAGCCCGGUGCUGGAUGCAAUUGGUCCCUCCUCCGGAUUUGGGGGGCUCUGGUGGAGCCCCGGUUGCCCCGCGGGAGGAGGCUGCUUGCGUCCCCGCCUCCCUCCGCCGCUCGCUGCCGCCCCGCGCUCCGCUUAGCACCGGCACCGGCAGAGGCAGCGCGGAGCGGCCCCGUUCAUCCCGGUGGCAGCGGCCCCAUCCCGCCGCCCGCGGCGAGGAAGGAGCAGCCAUGCCGCACUUCUUGGACUGGUUUGUGCCUGUGUACCUGAUGAUCUCCAUCCUCAUCCUGGUGGGUUUUGGAGCCUGCAUUUACUACUUUGAGCCUGGCCUCCAUGAAGCCCACAAGUGGCGAACGCAGAGACCCAUCAUGGAACGAGACCUUCGGAAGACGCUGAUGAUUCGGGACAACCUGGCCUUUGGGGUGCCUGAGGUCUGAUGUGCCCACCAGGUGGAUGAAAGGCCAGAGGUGGUGAGAUGGCAUUUAUACUCUGCUGAUGUGGGUCUCCUGUUUGCCACUCACCCUCUGGCCCUGUGCUCCUCAGGUCUGUAGAGCACAGCAGGCUCAGAGCUAUUCAUGAGCUUGCAGGCCAUCCUCCAGCCAAGAGUCCUUGCUCCUCCCCAGGGAUGAUGUCACCUCUUGAAGCCAUUCAUACAAAUGGUCCCGUGUUUGUCACCUGAGCUGGAGCAGCCUGGCUUCUUGGAACCACCCCAGAAGGUCUCUGCAUGGGUAACAGGACAGGUGAAGCUCCACCAAACAAAGGAUCAGCAAGAUCCUGAGACCAACCCUACUGAAGAAGCUCUGCUUUUCUGUUGGGGUUUUGGAGAUGGAGAACUUCAGAGCCUGGUGCUCACAGUCUGGUGUUUUCAGGAUCUCUGCCUUUGCACUGAACAUCAUUACUGAAGAAGUCUGUCCAAGUCCUGCAUCAUGCAGUGCUGCUCUGCAGCUCUCCAGAUCUGUCAUGCAGACUUCUCCCAGUUGUCCACCCUUCUGCUCUCUGCCACUGCAUGAGACAGGACACAUCCCUGUGAGCUGCAUUCUUCAGUGUGGAUAGGCUCCAGCUCUGUGCUGCUGUCGCUUGGCUGUCACUUCAGCACAAGCUCUGCGCCAUCCCUCUACCCUCAAGUCUCUGAGAAGGGACAACACACUGCCCUUCCACGUGGUUCCUUGAACCAACACAGGUCUCAAGCAUUGGGCUGGUGUAAGUGAGCAAUACGCCCUUGGUAAUUCUCUGAGGGUAAAGGCAAUUUUUAGCUCUGAGGGUUUUGGCUCAGGAAGGAAUGGGUCACAGCAUCCUGCAAAUAUCUGAGGUUAUUCUGGCACAUUUCAUCCUCCCAGACUGCAGCAGUACCUACCACUAUUACCUUCCCCACCAACACUGGGUGCCCUGGCAGGAGCUGUCAGUCUCUGUUCCAGGCCAUGGUAGCUUGAGACCCAUUCCAUUCAGACAAACAUUGGGGGUCUUGAUGUGAGUCCCCUGGCUGGGUAUCUUCUCUCAGCAGGGAAAUGGAGCCAGCAGGUUUAUUUGUGCCAAAAUUUGUGCUCACCGUGCCAAGCAAAGGCUUAAAACACAGUUGCAGCCUCACACAGGAGCAUUCCAUGUUUGUUGUGCCUUGGUUGCUUGGGGCUGGGAAAAGAACUGUGCUGCAAAUGCCACCCUCACCUUUAUUGACCACAUUGCUGCCCCAGCCCUCUGCCCUGCUCCAUGCCAUGAUCUCUCCAAGGCUCACUAAAUACUACUGUCUAUAGAGUCCACAGCAGAAUAAAGGUGCGUGCAAAUCA